AUGAAGUACGCAUUGACAACUGGCUGUACAUCUGGCAGCAUUGGCUAUUUCCUAGCGCGAGAAUUCGCAACCAAGGGCUAUCAUGUUUUCACAACUGCGCGCCGAAUCUCAAAUAUGGGAGAUCUCACCUCAACACCCGCACUCAUCACACCACUCACUCUCGACAUCACAAGCCCCGAAUCUAUCCUCGCCGUGCACCAAACAGUCAAGCUCAAGUCCACUUAUGCUGAAUCAUUUAAAAUGUUAACGACCAACCUUAUGGGAGUGAUCGAACUGAAUCGGGUUUUCUCCGACAUGAUAGUCAAUGCAAAAGGUACAAUAGCCUUUACAAGAAGUCUCUCCGCUGUAAUGCCUCGGCCGCCGCAAUCCGUGUAUUGCGCGAUCAAGGCAGCCUUGGACCUCUAUGUGCGGACGCUCAGGAUUGAGAUCCGUCCGUUUGAUGUUAAUGUUGUACUUGUGCACACUGGGGGCAUAAAGACGGGGAUGACCGGGUCGAGCCUUGUUCUUGAGGAGGUGGUCGUGGGUAAAAUCACUAGUGGCUUCUGCGCACCACCUACAGAUAUCUGGUCUGGCAAGGGUGCGUUUCUAGUUCGAGUUCUGGAGAUCUUGAACCUCAAUUGGGUAUAUGAUAGCAUGUUUGCGUAG